AUGAGGGGGAGGGAAGAGGGGAGGGGUGAUCAGGAACGCACCCGCAGGCACCGAGCCUGCCCAGGCUGUCGGGGGUCUGAGGUGUCUCCCGGGGAGGGUGCACCGGGAAGCGGGCAGAGGCCCGCAGGAACUAGCGGAGGUCGGAAGGUUCUGGAGUUGAGCGAACGCUAUGGUGAAGGUCUCUGCCGCCGUGUGGGUAUGAGGAGGCAGCAGGGCAAGGACUCGGUUUGGGGGAGAUACAGCGGCAGGUGUCCACCGCUCGUCAGUGGACUAGGAGAGGGUCCUCGACUGGAGGGGACUCAGUCCGGGGCUAUUAAGAAAGAGCCCCAGGGCCGCCACACCACGGAGAGUCCCCGCGGGAGGUUCAAGGGGCGAGUCUUCUGCCCCACCCGGAGACACAGGGCGCGGCGCGCGCAGGCUGAGCUCCGGCCACCCGAGGCCGCGCGGACCGGCGGCGGCGGCGACGGCGGUAGCGGCGAGAGGAGGAGGAGGAAGGCGGCGGCGACACUGUUACUCCGGAACCAAAACGCGCGGCGCCGGAACCCCGGGAGCCGACGAGCGGGACCCGCCUCCCGCGGCGCCAUGUUGGAAAAGGGCAGCAGCUCCCAGGAAGACGCGCCCCCGGCGUGGGAAGCCGAGGAACCGGCGCGCGGCGCGUGGCGCGUGGCGAGUCGGGGAGAGACUGGUCUUGCUCGCUCAGGAGACCCUCAUCGCCCACAGAGCGCCCGCGGCGACCCGGUCACGGCCCUUCCAUUUCCUGACCCUGCUUAAUGACAGCGAGGUGAAAACAUCUACCAAACGAAGGGUAAAAGGCUGGAGUCCGCCAAAAGCCAAUUUAAGGCUUAACAUUGCAGACCGUUUGUCUUUACAAAAGCUUCAAAGACGGGGCUGCAGCUCCCGGUUAUCCCCACUUUGUCAAGCCAUGAAUCUGAAUGUUCGUGGGGUUGUGUGCAUCGAAUCAGCAAGAGCAAAGCAAGAACUCAAGAAAUAGUUCUUUUUUAUCCCCCCUUCCAAGUCACAGGUUCAGAGGAUCAUCAUCUUUCUCCUACAUUAGCAAAACAUAUUUGCAUUUUUCAGUGAAGUUCUUUACCGCACGAGUGCCCUAAAAUAGCAAACAGUUCCCUGUUCAAAAGCAAUAGUAAAGAAAUUCGCCGAAGAGUUUAAUUGCCUGGGGACAGCUGCAGUAGUCACAUCAUCGCCUCUUAUUAAACUGUUGCAGAAAUAUUCGGUCUAGUCCAUGUAUUUUCAACUAAAUAGCACUGCUUACGCAGUUGGUGAUAUCACGGAAGUAGCAAUAAACUUUGGUUAUCUUUUUUUUUUUUUUGAGACGGAGUCUCGCUCCGUCGCCCAGGCUGGAGUGCAACGGCGCGACCUCUACUCACCACAACCUCAGCCUCCCGGAUUCAAGCGAUUCUCCUGCCUCAGCACUACCACCCCCACCAGCCCCCAACCCCUGCCGAGUAACUGGAACUACAGGCGCGCGCCAUCCGUGCCCGCUCAUUUUUGUAUUUUCAGUAGAGACUGGGUUUCACUAUGUUGGCCAGGCUGGUCUCAAACUCCUGACCUCGUGAUCCGCCCACCUCAGCCUCCCAAAGUGCUGGGGGGAUUACAGGUGUGAGCCACCGCGCCCGGCCAACCUUGGUUAUCUUCAAAUGCCUUGUUACCUCAGAUUUUAAAGUGCAUAAGGUUGUAGAACGAUGGUGCCUCUACAGAAGUUUCUUUACAAAUUGUAACGUGUAGGUUCGUCCUUUAUCUCUUUCUUAUGAAGGUGCACGAAUUGGCUUUACUUUCUGGGGUUGAAUUUUGUAUAAACUCGGUUGAGGAGGCGUGUCAGUUUCCCUUCUAACAGUAAGGUGCUUGAUUAAUGUGAGAGAAAAAAAUUAAUGUUGGUCAUUUUCAGUUACAAUACCAAAAUUUUUUCUGCAUACUUUACUCUGAGUUACUUUUAUAUUUAAUUUGAAAGGCCAUUGUAGGAGAUAAAUUAUCACAUUUUAAGUUACUGUAAAUCAAUAGCUUAGGUAGAAAUUCAUUUAGUCAGAUCCUUCAGAUAUUCUAGGAAUUUCCCCUUUUCACCUGCACUUCACUUCUGUGAAAAAUAAACCGUUCAUCAAAA